GGGGGGGGGGGGGGGGGGUUUCGCCGUGUCGCUUUGUCGAACUGCAGCGAGACUGUGAGCGUUUGCACAAGCCACCCGCAGCAACGCAGAAGAGGCAGGACGCGACGCGACGCUUUUUGGACGAGAGGAAACCCGAGAGGAAACCACAAGCGGGACAGACGGACAGCAUCGGGACUUCAAAGGCAAGUUGGGAAAGUGCGCCGCCCGCCAUAAUACAGUACGAUACGAUACAACCAUGCCGCACUAUGUCGUGGGCCUGACCCUCACUCCCACUCCCACUCCCUCCGCCAACUCCCUGCACGCGACGUUGGAGACCCUCUCGGGAGCAGCAGCAGCUUUCACACCUCCCGUGCAAGUUCUCGCCUCAAAGUCCCUGGACGACGUUCUCCUUCUCGAAUGCACCGUGCCCUUGUCAGAUGACGACGCCAUGGUCUCUCUCUUCGAAUCCCUCUCCUAUGUCUCCGAAGCAGAAAUCUAUGUCACGGCUCCUUGUCGAGUUCCGAUAGGGACGUGGACGACAGACUCACUAGUGGCGCGCGAAGACAGGGGUGAAACUGUAGACGCCUUUUUUGAGCGCACGGGCGUACUCGUGUACAAGGAAGCGAUUCCGAUCGAGCGUAUUGACGCCGUGCGCGCAUUCGUAGAUACGCAAAUCGAAAAGGCACACGCGGCGUUAUCCAAACGAUACCCGGCCAUCAACGUGGGUGAAGAGCAGUUUGCAUUCAAGGAGAUUGGCAGCCGAGGAGGGAACCGCUUCGACUUGAUUCUGCAGGCAGAUGAAAGUCCUCUCGCUGUCAAGCAGAUUGCGCAGGAGGGUCCAUGGGUCCCCCUAGUCAGACGGGCAUUACGUUUGCCGGAAGAUGGAUCGGACGUUCCGUGCUUGAUCUCCGUCGUUUACUCCCUCCCUGGAGCUGAUGCCCAGAGCUGGCACGCAGAUGGAGUUCCCUCCACGCCACCAUAUGCAGUAUGUGUGUUCGUGCCGUUGAUUGAUCUGGAUGCGGAUACUGGAUGCACACAAUUUUGGCCGGGAUCACACAAGGACAAGGCCCUUCUCGGUUUUGGCGUAGCUGCCGAGGUAUGCGGAUCGACAAUGGACGGAAUGUUGAAAAGGGGAGGAGGAUUGAUCUAUGACUACGGCGUAUUGCAUAGGGGGUUGGGAAACGGGAGUUAUCUUAGACGCCCAGUAUUGCAGAUUGUCUAUCACCAGCCAGGAUGGCGAGAUAGGAAGAAUUACGGUGAUAAAUCUCUAUUCCAAUGCAUAUUGCCGGUUUAAGAAGGGAUGUGAAUCGUUUCCGAGAGUCUUGACCAUAGAACAUGGAGACUAUGCUAUUCUUCUGGCGUGUUUGAUACUACGCCGCGUGCCAGCGUGCGUUGGCAACGACUUAGGAUGUAACGAACAUGCAAUCCUUAUGCCUGGACAUGGACAUGGCGCAGAGCUUUCUCUCCAUGUGAGCCUGGCACCUCCCCCUCCCUCCCCCUCACACC